CGGAAGUCAGACUGUAGACGUCAGUUUACUACUGGUACACAAAGGCACUGGGAGUCAUCACCAUGGCUGACAUAUCACUAUACCUUACCAAUGUUAAUGUCACUGUUGGGCAGAAGAUGGACAUUGUGGAGACGAGUCCUACCUCAGGGAAGGAUUUUGAGUGUGUGGAACUGGGAGACCUGGGGAAGAAUGAUCAGAGACAGGAGAAGACUCCUCGCCGGGUCAUCCAUUUCUCCAACGGAGAGACCAUGGAGGAGUACAGCACAGACGAAGAAGAGGAGGAGGAUGAGAAAGAACCAGAAAAGAAAGAUCUUCUGGCUCCAGUUGACACGUCCAAGCUGACCUGGGGCCCUUAUGUUUGGUUUCAAAUGUGGAGAGCUGCCACAUCUACAAUCUCAGCAUGUGAUUACUUGGGCGAGAGGAUGGCAUCACUCUUUGGUAUCACCUCUGCCAAAUACCAGUAUGCCAUCGACGAGUACUACAGGAUAAAGAAGGAGAAAGAGGAAGAGGAAGAGGACAACCGCCUGUCGGAGGAGGCCGAGCGGUACUUUGAGGAACAGCAGGGUUCCAACAGUGAGACCCGGGAGCCUGAGACACACCAGCCGGAAGGGACAGCCCCUCAGGUGACCCACGGAGACCCUCAGGCUCCAGCCGCUACUGCAGUUAGCAUCCCCGCCAUCGUCACCAGCACUUAACCAAAGCCACAAUGGCCCGAGUAGCCAAAACGUUACGUUGUUUCCAUUCAGGUUUUUGAGUGAGGCAACUAGAAUUUUUAUUUAGUGCACUAGUCUGGUUUGUUUCUGAGGGAUUAACCACACAGGACGUUCGGCCAUAGGUAGGACUCCUGUGAGCUCCUGUGUUAACUCUGCGUUCUUCGCCAGUGGCCUUACUAGACUGAUCCCAAAGCAGAAUACAGCUGCUGCUGCUGCUGCUGUUGCUGCUGCUGUUGUCGCUACCAAGACGUUAUGAAGGACCAACAGAGUUGUGGGAUGGGGAAUCUAACAUUGCCAUAGACCUAAAUGCACUUCUCACAUAGGAAGCCUAAGAUGUUCUUAGAGUCAGUUCACGUAACACUAGACCUGAGAUAAUAUCUCAACUCAACACUUCUUUUUACAUCAUGUCAACACUUUAAUUAGGUAUUUGUUUCUUCGAUAGGCCUUCGAUGAUAAUGUGGCGAGGUAUUCUACACGAUAAUCAGCCAUCUCCCACUAGUCUUAAAAGAUACAAAGCUGGGAAAAAGGCCUUAAACUCUAUGACUCACUGAUGAGUUGUAAUAAACCUUAUUAUUUAUAUAUUUAUUUAUUCUUUUUUUCCUGGAGGUUUUUUUACGUUACGUAAAGUUUUGUAUUAUUUUUUUUGUAUUUAACACACUCUAAUAAAACUGUCUGUAAUGCA